CAAAACAUUUUUGCUGAUUCUAAAAAAACAGGGACACACACUCUCUCUCUCUAACAUCUUUUAUAUCUAAUCUACUAUGUUGGAUUUUGGAGAGGGGCUGAAUAUAGAGACUUUGAGUGUCCCAUGGCUCAUUUGGAUUCAACUUUUGGUCUUGCUUCUUCUUCUUGCCCUUCUAUUUGGCUUCUCCAUCAUUGCUUUAGAUCCCUCUCACCCCUCUAUUGCUCCCACUGCCUCCACCACUCAACAACAUCAACAACAACCCUCCAACUACCACUCCACCGCCGUCACCAACCGUCUUCAGACCACCCCGGAAAAUGCAAGUAUUAAAAGUGAGAUAGUAAGCAAUGGAAGCAGAGAAAUUGUGAGAGAAGAGAUUGCAGAGGGAGAAGCUUCAACUUCGUCCCUAUAUUUUCUCCACCCUUGUUAUUAUUUCAACUUGGCCAAAAAAGCAUUCCUCAAAUGUCUUGGUCAGGAUUCUACAUCUGAUGAUCCUUCAACACAAAAACAUAACAAAACUAAAGAAAGCUGAUUAUCAUUAUGAGUUGUUUUCUUUUUCCUUUUUCAAUUUAAUUUUACCUGAAUAGGUUGCUUAUAAAUUGUUAUUAAUUUCUUAAAUUUUAAAAUAGGGUGUAUAAUUUCUUAAAUUAUAGGGACACAAGGAUCAUGUGGCUCUCCCAAAA